AUGUCUCAACCGGUAUAUGAUGUGGUAAUCGUGGGCGCUGGGCUUUCUGGCCUGCAAGCGGCUCUGACUGUCCACCAUGAGCACCUCACCUAUUUGGUUCUGGAGGCACGGGAUCGAGUUGGCGGAAAGACAUUGACCCUACGGUCCAGCGACGGGACCGUGAAGUCGGAUCUGGGAGCCGCAUGGAUCAAUGAUAGCAACCAAAGUCGCAUGUGGGAACUUGCGAAUGACCUUGGGUUGCACACAUAUGUCCAGAACACCAGGGGGGAUGUCGUUGUACAGGAUUUUGAUGGAACGCUGGUCAAGUUUCCAUAUGGGGACGUACCAAAGUAUCCGUCGAGCAAUGACACGGAGUCAUGCAUAUCGAUCCGGGAUUUGGUUGAAAGUAUCUCCACAACCCAGACACCGUCAAUCUUUUCGGCAGGACCACAUCGAGAAGAGCUCGACUCUAUUUCUUUCGAGACAUUCCUGCGGCGCGCAAACGUCACCGAAAAAGCGUUUGCGACCGCUCAGGUCUGGACUCACGCGAUGCUGGGCGUUGACCCUUCCGAGGUUUCGGCCUUGUACUUCCUCGAAUAUUGUGCCGCUGGCGGAGGGUUGAUGACCAUGCGUUCAGACUGCAAAGAUGGAGGCCAAUACCUUCGCAUUCGAGAAGGAACUUUGGCGUUUGCAGAAGGCAUGGCACAAAAACUGAAGCCCGGGUCGAUCAAGCUGGAUAGCCCGGUAGGAGGGAUAGAUCAACAGCAGGACGGAACCGUCUUGGUCUCAACAAGAGGAUCCUCCCUGCAAGUGUAUCGUGCUCGCAAGGUGAUUCUCUCGGUUCCAACACCAGUGUACAAAACAAUCAAAUUUUCACCACCGCUGCCGGCGGCAAAAAGGGCAGUUGCCAACUACACCCGGUAUGGCUUCUAUACCAAGUAUAUCGUGAGGUUCAGCAAGCCCUUCUGGACGAAGAGCAACCUGUGCGGGCUCGGGCAAUCAUUCGUUGGCCCCGUAUCAGUCUUUCGGGACACCAGUUUGGGCGAUGAUGCUUGCAUGACAUGCUUUAUCGGCGGGAAGUUUGGGAGGAAAUGGGCCACGCAGGACGCCGAAGGAAAGAAGACAUCGGUGCUGACGCAGAUUGGCGCCAUGUUUGCGGAUGGACGAGACGUUGGCCCUCUCUUUAUAGAGGCUUAUGAGUCGCCAUGGAUGGAGGAGGAAUUCUCAGGCUGGGGCUGCCCGUGCCCUGCGACGCCACCAGGUGUUUUUGCCGACGGGUGGGAAGCGUUGUGCGCGCCGUUUAGGAACGUCUAUUUCGUGGGCACCGAGUUGAGCACCGUCUGGAGAGGAUAUAUGGAGGGUGCAGUCAGAAGCGGAGAGAGUGGCGCAAUGCAGGCAAUAGCUGAGCUGAAGGCAGGGGGUGUGCUGAACGCGAAGCUGUAG